AUGGCGACGAGCUCUCAUCUUCUUCCUCAGGCAUUGCAUAUGAUACCGAGAAACCCUACGAAAUUGGGGAUUUCUUCGUUUCUAUCAUGCGCACCAACGAUGAAUUCUCGUCUAACAGUGUCAAGCCUCUCUCUGAAUCACACUGGCUCGAAAUUCGGCAUCUCCCUCGAUACUACUAGGGCGAGACGUGAGUUUAUCGUUAGAGCAGAAGAAGCUGAAGCUGAAUCUGAGGAAGCUGGCGAUGUUAUCGCUGAUACGGAAGCGGUCGUCGAAGCUGGUGAAGCUAAACCUCAGUGGAAAGCGAGGACUAAGCUCGGAGACGUAAUGGGGAUACUGAACAAGAAAGCAAUAGAGGUAGCAGAGAAAGUGAGACCUGUACCAGAACUCAGGACAGGAGAUAUCGUAGAAAUCAAAUUGGAAGUGCCUGAGAACAGAAGGAGGUUAUCUAUCUACAAAGGGAUAGUGAUGUCGAGGCAAAACGCAGGGAUACACACUACCAUUCGUAUUCGGAGAAUCAUUGCUGGUAUUGGUGUUGAAAUCGUGUUUCCCAUAUACUCUCCAAACAUCAAAGAGAUAAAAGUGGUGAGUCACAGGAAAGUGAGAAGAGCAAGGCUUUACUACCUCAGGGACAAGCUUCCCCGUCUCUCUACUUUCAAGUGA